GGUGCACUUACCAAAGGUGACAGACGAGCAGCGACUGGGGCCGACUUAACGCAGUUUAAUUUUGACACGCCUUACGGCCGAUCUGCACUCAGGAACAUGUACCAAGCCAUUACUUUGGUAUGUCAGAUAGCCUGUUUCAGAUAAUUGCGCAGUCCUGCAGUAAAAAGUGAUGCGAAAAAUGCACGGAGGCUGGGGAAAGAUGGGGCGGUUGGGCAGUCUCUCUCCUAUUUUUCCCGCCACUGCUCCUUCCUCAGAUCCCGGGCGCCUUAUUUUCGCCUGACUUGUUUUAUUUUGGCGACGUUUCUACUAUCUGAGAGCCCGGCACAGGCUAUACCGUAAAAUCCCAUGUUAAAGCCACCCCGNCUAAACAAAACAUUCCCCAUUCCGGGUAUAAGGCCCCGAGAUAUACCCCCCCCCCCCCAUUUAUGAGCCCACCCAAAACCCCUUAUGAAGUUAUAUAAGCCCAGGGCUUUAACGCGAGAUUUUACGGUACCGAUAUGUCAGAAGUGGUCACGAAUUAGAACUAUGUGUGCUUAUUGCUUGUGUCAUCUACGAGCAAACGUUUUUUAUUUGAACUUGGGACUUUUUUGCCUUUUUUUUCAGCAAUCCAUUUGUCCCGGAGUUGCUUUGUCUAAGGUUCUGUCAGCAGCACAAAUUCCCGACAAGCAUGAAUUCACAGAGUUUAACUCCAUCGCAAGGGUGAGUUUUAGUUCGUAGGUCGCGAACGUGGUUAAAACUCUUAUUUUAUUUCUUUCCUUAAAAGUGGAUUUGGAAAGAAAAUUUAUGAUGUCAGAAACAAUUUUGUGUCAGUUAGACAGGGAUAUUGCUUCAUAAAAAUUCUGGGCAGCACGCGGGAAUGGAGAAAGGAUAUAGUCAUUUUGUAAUUACAUAUGGUAUGGUGCGAUCAGCAAAAAAUGACUUGACAGGAAAAAUUAGAAAGACAUUGCAUAUUGGCAACUCAAUACCCACCAGCUAUUUUGUAUUUAAACAGGAGAUACAUUGGUACUCUGUUUCUUCUUCACGUCUGAUAAUGAAUUUCAUUUUUAGCUUAUGAAAUAAAUUUGGAUUCAGGGAAUGUUUCAUAUCGACUAUUAAGGCCAACAGGCCCUAUACUGUUGGUCAAUCGUGUGGACAAAAUUUCCGUGCCGGAGAGCACAAAAAGGCAUUGGGACAAGAGACAAAAAAGGAAAUAACCAUUUGGAAAAAUGUAAGCUCCUUGUUUGUCUUCUCCCAUCGCAUUUCUUGCUCCUCAGCUUGGCUUUUAUUGUUUCCACGUGACUAGUCUAGCUUGCGUCACAGACAAAACUAAAUUCUGGUUGAGUCCGUCUGCAAAACAGCGCCGAUAUCCUUGUUCUGGGCACCCACCUGUGUACCAGGAUUUGAGUAUGCGCCAUGAUUGCCAUCAGGUUGAAAGGAAAGGUCAGCAUUAGAGCCCCUUUCUCCCCUCAUGAAAUUUACACAAGGUGGAACCGUUUUCUGCUUUUAUAUCACACUUAGAUGAUAUUUCAAGCUGGAAAUGUUCAUGAAAGUGCUAGUCUCUUCAAUUUCAAAGAAAAAAAGAAAUUGAUAUGAAUGAGGAUUUGCUGGAUGGAAGUGAAAUAAUUUAAGUACAAUACAGCAUCAACCCUAACCCAAAAAAAGAACCUAACCAGUUUCGAAACAGUGUGCUUAACCCUAAUCAGUAAAGGCAGUGCUUAACCGUAAUCUGUAAAAGGCAGUGCUUAACCCGGGUUAGUAAAGGGGAAAACUACGUUGUGUAAAUUUCGUGAGGCGUCCGAAGCGGCUACGGUCGAUGGGAUCUAAUGAUAACCGAAAGGAAACUGGAAAAUCAUUUCCGGCAAAUCGCUGAAUCCGUUGGAGGCCCAGAACAAGGAUCUCGGCGCUGUUUCGCAGACAUUACCGGGAAUUGCCACUAAAAAUAUAAAAAAAAACCAAAUCGGCAAGAUUAAAUUUACCCAACUCAGCAUAAAAGCUACUCUAACAUAGGAGGAUUUAAGGAGUGUAGUCCAGCAUAGGGUAGCAAAUUUCAACUGCACUAGCUCUGGUAUAGGCUAAGGGUUACAGGGUUCCAGCAGCACAUCACCACCCGAGAUUACAUCUGCGACGCAGGCUAUCGGUAGUCCAGUUUCAUAUCAGUGGUGACUCAUGAAGAAAGUCUUUCUCAAUGGUUGUCCAUUACAUUUACCGAGGUGUCCAAAUGACUGAAUUACUCUCAAGUUUAACAAAGCCCUGUUUUCUUUUGUUUCACAGCAAUGUCUUCUGUCCAUGGGAGUAACAGACGCUAGUUUCACAGUGAAAGACAAAGAAGCCAGCGAUGUGGGAAAAUUUCUCAACCGUAUUUUGGGUCUUAGUGUGGAAAGACAAAAUUUGGUAAGUACAAAGAUCCUCUGGUGGAUAUAACAGGUAAGUUCGAGAGGGAAGUUUCGGGACUACCCUUGUUUUCUAAGUUUUUCUGCUAUUUUGAACCCCUGUCGUGAAUUUUAUCGGUCGAUUUCUCAGUCUUGUUUGUAUCUAUGUCAGGACUAGCCAGCCAAACCGGUCAUAAUGAAAAUGAAAUUUUUACUAAAAACCCAUCACUCCUGCAUACCGCAUAUAUUUGAAAAAUAAACUGAUCUGUCCGGAUAGGCCUGAAUAAAAGGGGGGUUCUCCUGGCAGGGGGUAAUGGUAAGUGCCCUAAGACUAUCUGUUAUCGAUUUUAUUUUUUUGAUUCUGUUUCCCAUUUCUGUGAUGUUCCUCAAUCGGUCGAGUUUUAAGCGCCCAUGGAAUUCGACUUUUGGUUGAGUCUGAUAUCCAGAUUUUACCGCUACUUCAGGGUAUGGGGAAGAGGAGAUGGCUGACACCACAAACUCGGCUAACGGUAUAUCUCAGAUAUAAAACUUUCUCCUCUACGCUGGUAGCUCGCUACAACAGACGCUUCUGCCUUCCCAAGCUCACUACUCCAGUUUACACCCAAUUUUCUGCCGCGCUACCUCUCACGUGACCACGCCCCUUGUGCAAAGAAAAUUCUAUGUGACUGCGUUUUUUGCUCUUAAGAAAUGUUUCGUUUUCCCCUGUUUUAUUUGCAGUUAUUCUCGUACUUUUGUGAGUGCCUAAAUGCUGCAAUUGAAACUGCAAAGCGCGAAGGAAGGUAAGUAUUGUUUUUGUUAGGGACCAGGUAAUUUCAAAGAAAUUAAGUUUAUCACCCCGAAGCGUCGAUCUCUCAUAUUAAGCUUGGCUCUGGAACGAUAAGAUUCGUGUCGCAUGCAUCCUCGAAAAAUCCGUUGGUCUCGCAUUCAUACGCUGGACACAAAUGAAUAACAUUGCGUGACAAUUCUUAGGUAUAGUGAAGGCGUGACAGACGUAUCUGGGUCUUCAAUUACGAUGGUCGGCGCUGCCCAGCCUGUUUUUAGCGACUUUCAAAGAGGCCUCAUGGAAACAAAGUAAGUAAAGUAGUCUAAAUGAAGAUAUGACCCUUCGCAGUCGUAAUCGCAGCUUAAGCAAUUGCAAAUUUAGCCCGAAGUUGCCAUUAUUGUCAGGUCUUAAGGUAGUUCUUCUGUAGUCGAACGUGCAGUCAGAUUUUUGUCAAACUUUGCCGACUAGUUGUUGUUUGAAAUAAAAUCGCGGGGUCCCCAUACUCGUUUUGGAGCAGGAGCAACUUGUCAGUGCACAAUGAUUCCUUAAGAUACCAAGGGAGCUUAAGCAUCGACAACGGCGAUAGCAACGAAAACGUCACUUUAAAAAUGAAUUUGAGUGUUUUUGUCGUGCUUAUUCCAAUUCAAUGAAAAUGCCAAAAUGUAGGUGAAUUUCUUGGGCACCGCACUCAAGUUUAGAUAGAGAAAGAAAAAAAUUCGUCCUCGCUUGUUUACGUCCUCCAUAAAACGUGAAACUAGCUUUUUCACAUCUUAGUUGGGCAGUGACGGCAAAGAAAUGUAGAUGUGUGAUGCACGUGCGAAGUUGUUGUUUAGCUCAUCUAAACCUAUGCUUUUUUUACCUUUUUCGAUGCCGUCGCCGUCGUCAUUACCGCGUGAACUUACGAAACAGGACGGGAGAGGGCAAGAAGACGGCAAACCUUGUGUGAAAGGCGUCACAAUAAUUUUGCAUGAAAUAACUUUCGCGAAACUUCACUUUCUUUAAAACAUUUCUUUUUCUAAAAGACCCGAAAACAUUGAUGUUAGUCAAGAUCACGGCAAAACACCCAAGUUAUAGCCUUGUCACGUUCGUCACGCACAAGCGAUUUGCCGUCCUCUUGUUCCUGCCGCCUUUUUGCGUAAACUCACUAUUGCUAAAACUGCCGACUAUGAUUAUAUUUAUGAGUACAUGCUUUGAACACGUUUCCGACGGUCGUCUCUCUUUCUACGGUAGAAAUUAGUCUUAAUUUAUUCAAGAAGAGGAACGUUACUGCUCAUUUUAAAACACGAGAAAAAAUAAUAGGUGACCAUUCUCGUUUACGAGAAAAUGAAGAUUUAACUCUCUGGGGAGCUCCAGUCUUAAGGCAAAAGCCGCCUUGUUUUAAGUGCGUGCGUCCUGUUAUGAUCUGUUGGCGCGGGCUAAUCAAGCGUGAAGUAAUGCGCAAUGCAAUUCGAAGGAAUAACCUGAAAUCCCGUCUCAUUUAUUUUCAUUUGUUUUUUCAGACACGUGACUGUAAACGUUGAUCGCGGAAUAGGCUGGGAUUCGGCAGUGAAGCAGUUACAAGACAAUGGAAAAAACAAGUUUGACGGGUUUUAUUGUUCCAAAAGGGAACAGAAAGGGAGACGGCUUUACCUUCUAGCGAUACAAAAGGAGUCUUCCACCCAUCUUUUUAACAUUACAAGGUAAAUGUAAGGGCGAAAAGCUGCUUAUCACGCAUGUGAACGCCCUAAAAGUUCAAAUUUUAGGUUGGUUGGUUGGUUUAAAUACCGUAAAUCCUCUAUACAGCCCUGCCCUCCCUCUUAAAUAAGCACCCUCCCCUCUAACGUUUCAUCUGGACUAAUCCGGUAUUGUUCAUUAACCAGAUUCAGAGACUUAAAGUUGUAAUUUCUUCCUGCAAACAAUAAAGUACAUGCGAUUAAGCGUCCCAGGAUCUAAGCUCCCGGCGCGUCCAAACGAAUUAAAAUGAAUUCGAUUUAUUAUGACAGUUUGAAGCUUGCUUAAAAACCAGUAAAUGCUAAACGUUUCUUGUUCAGCACUGCUACAGAAUGUUUCGAAGCGCCUUUUCUAUUUUGGUUAUAAACCCCUCCUUUUAUUAGCUCUCUUAAAACCCCUUAAGAAAAUGUAUAAACCCAGGGCUUACAAGCGACAUAUUACGGUUGUGGAAUUUCUACCCAAAGAUAAUUUCCGCUUUUACUUCGUUUUGUUUUUGUGCAGACCAAACACAGGACGGUCUCCUUUUGAAGAAGAAAAAACCGAUCUUCUGCACAAGUACAAUAGGAUUUCACUGGAAGAUGCAGGUAAGGGAGGCGGGCCUAGUCAGGCUAUCUUUUGUAUCUACCACCGAGAAGCCGUGUGAAAUCAGAAGUGCUGUCCGCGUGUUUUACUGUGAUUUGAUUGAAAUCUAGUCGCUGCACGGAUGCCAGCCCGUCCUAAUUUGUAAAACGUAGGCGAAUAUACCUGGAGCUAAAUUCUUAAAAACUGUAGUUAUCUUCAAAAGGAGAAAUAAAAAUGCGUCGUCGUCUCGUCCUCCAUAAAACGUCGCUUUAGGGGGUUUCACGUCCUAGUCCUGCAGUGGACGUUAAAGAAAUGUACUAAAAAGCGUGGUGUACGUGCAGAGCUAUUGUUUUGUUCAUAAAAGGAAUUUUUUAACGUUCUGGCUGCCGUCAUCGUUGUGGCUGCAGAGCUUUUGAAAUGAAAGCCAGUAAAUAAAAAAAUUUCUUUUGUUGUAACUUCAUGUUUUGCUAAUCGUUUAACAGGUUACACGAAAAGUAGAACUCGUAAAAUGUCAAGUACUUUGAUUGAUCGGGAACUAAAUACUGUUGUAUACUUUUGAUUCAUUAGAAGCUGGAUGGAAAGCACAGUACGAA